AUGAACAAACCAUUGUUCAUGCAUAUCGUUGAUCGACUCUCCAAUGAAGUUGAAUUCUUUCGACAAAAGAGAGAUGCUCUCGGAAGGCUUAGUCUCUCUCCACUACAAAAGUGUACAGCAGCCAUUCGUCUCUUGGCAUAUGGUAGUGCUGCUGAUACUGUCGACGAAUACCUCCGCCUCGCUGAAAGUACAAGUCGGUCAUGUUUGGAGAAUUUUGUUGAAGGAAUAAUUCAAUUGUUCGGCGAUGAGUAUCUAAGAAGACCAACAGAAGCUGAUCUUCAACGCCUACUUUAUAUUGGAGAGCAUCGUGGAUUUCCCGGGAUGAUAGGAAGCAUCGACUGUACCUUUAAUGAUAUCAAUGUUCUUGAUCGUUCACCUGUUUUUGAUGACUUAAUACACGGUCAAGUUCCGCAAGUCACUUACUCCGUUAAUGGAAGAGAGUAUCAUUUAACUUACUAUCUCACCGAUGGUAUUUACCCGAAAUGGGCAACUUUUAUCCAAUCUAUUCCACUACCACAAAGCCCGCAAGCAGUUUUAUUUGCUCAACGUCAAGAAGCUGUCCGAAAAGAUGUCGAGCAUGCUUUUGGAGUCCUGCAAGCUCGCUUUGCCAUUGUUAAAAAUCCAGCACUUUUUGGGAUAAAGUUAAGGUUGGGAAGAUUAUGA